UCAGACUAAGGGAGAGGUAUACAUAUGGAACAGGUCUGCUCGUAUAAUUUCUCAAGCUGCCUGCUGCUUUUAAUGACCUGUCAAAAUGUCAGAUAAAUCUUUACAUCGUUAGCGUCUUUUAUUUACCUCUAACCAUCGGAGCUAAUAGUUGAGCUGGUGUCACAGUCGGUGUACGUGUUCGCCGAUCGACUAAUAACCUUAAUUGUGGAACACCUGCGUGGCUGUUGGUCGUAUGGAUGUGUCAUCCCAUCAUGUCACCAAGGGUUAGUUCGUGGCACCACCGACAGCAGCCGCCCUUUGCGUAACAGAACAAUAAGUGAGUUUAUACCAGUGACCGUCCUCGUGAACACACCAGUCAAGGCUCGACAAUGGCUUUCCCUUGCAUAAUAAUAAUCCAGUCUGAACAGUCGAAACACUGGCCACCCUGUGCGCAGUGAGGCGCGGCGAACUCUCGCAUUUAAUGUCAUCUCACCUCCUUGCCGAAACACUUUUCUGCUCACCCAGCUCGGGUUCGCAUCCACGGCUCAGGAGAACAAUUAGUCGACUGCUGCAGAGACAGGUACACUCCUAGCACUGCUGGUACCCUGUUUCUAUCAGGUGAACUGACUACCACUUUGUGUGACCCCACUGUUUCAAUAGAAAACAUUGCCUGACCACCCCAGCCCGCAGGCACCCUCCCUUUGACAUCGUACAGGUCGACAAGAGUCAGCAGCAUCAAUGUCUGAUAAAGCUCAAGACGCGGCAAGUCAGACACGUGUAGUAGUCGUUGGCGCCGGUUUUGCUGGUGUGGCGGCUGCAGCAGCCCUCAGAGAAGGUGGUGUGGAGGAUGUGGUCGUACUCGAAGCCCAGGAGAGAGCCGGAGGUCGGGUAAAGACUGUCGCUUUUGAUGGAGGCUUUGUCGAGUUGGGAGCGCAGUUUAUCCACGGAGAGAAAGGAAACCAUCUGUACGACUUGGCGAAAAAGUACGGCUGUCUGAUGGACAGGAGUCUGUACCAGGCAAACAGAACAUCCGACUCGUCGGCCCUCGAUUACAAGGAUCACUUGUUCUUCACGUCCGCUGGCCAGCAAGUGGAUCAAGACUGCCUGGUCCCUUUACUGGAAGAUGCUAACGAACUCACGCAUAAUUUAGCCGACAGUAUAUACAAUGACAGGGACUGCGAUGCACGCCAGGAAAAUGUGCACAAGAAUUUUCAAAGUUUUCUUGAAGAGGCGCAUGCUAAGUUCAUGUCAUCGUCAACUGUCAGUGUUGACCCAGAUGUAAAGGACGCUGUUUUUAGGUGGAUUGAGGCUUGGCAGUACGCAGAUAACGGUGCCAGAUUCGAAGACAUUUCGUUGGAAGGGUAUGGCAAGUACCGUUACCUGGAGGGCUUCGGCCUCACAUUGACCGCUUCUGGUCUCAUGGAGGUGUUUAACCGUUUCCUUCAGGAGUCCCUUCGUCCGGGAAGCCUUCGCUUGAGUACGCCAGUCAGGACGGUGUCAUGGCAUCCCAAUACGGACAAAAACGGAUCACCGGGGUUAAAGGUCCAGCAAUGUGCAGAGGAGAUUCAGGAGACAGAAGUGGAGCCAGCCAACCAACGGCGUGUCAAAGUCGUCUGCCAAAAUGGGGAUGUCAUCCUGGCGGAUCAUGUCAUCGUGACCGCAUCCAUCGGAUUCCUGAGGGAAAACGAGGAAUCCUUUUUCGUGCCGCCGUUGCCGGAGGAACACAGGAAAGCCAUCCACGGCGUUGGCUUCGGUCUUGUGGCCAAGGUGUUUCUGGUGUGGGACAGUCUGGAGAAAAUCUUCGGCUCAAACUUGGAGGGCAUUCAGUUCUUGUGGUUGAAGGGAUUUCCUCCUAAGCUGUCUUCCUCGAAGACCUCUUUGAGAACUUCGAAGGGAGGUAACUGGUAUGACAACCUGCAGGGCUUCGAGCGGAUAGCAUCACACGAGGGCAUGAUGCUCACGUGGCUGGCGGGAGAGGAGGCCGAGAUCAUGGAGCAGCUGCCAGAGAAGGAGAUCCAAGAAGUGCUGCACGAGCUGCUGGUUAUCUUCACUAACAACACAGCCAUCCCGCCGCCCAAAAAAAUACUUCGAUCAACAUGGAAGAGCAAUCCAUUCACUCGUGGCUCCUACAGCUACCUGGCGGCCGGGGUUGACAUCAACCUGCAUGACACACUUCGACAGCCGGUGCCGACACCUGAGAACCCUGUGGUGCUGUUGGCCGGCGAAGCCUGCAGCCAGUAUUACUUCUCGACCGUGCAUGGAGCCAUUGAAUCCGGUCAACAGGCUGCGCGCGCCAUACUGCGUCACGUACAAAGCCAACAGCAGCCAGCUGCUCCAUCACGAAAAGCAACUGUGAUUGCCCACGUGGCCUGAACGCGUGUCUUUUGUUAAUCACCGAUAUUAUGUCAUCAAUACUAAUGAGGACUUAACAAAACAGACCGAAAAGAACAAACCUUCAGCGAUCGAAUCUGUCCAUGUAAAUCACUCAAUCGACCAUUCAUUGCUCACCCUGAGUUGUCAAAGAAUAGUGAAUCUUUACAAUUUCAAACAUGUAAAUAUUAUUAUUUUAAAUAAAAAUAUACACAAGUG